AUGGUGGCAGUAGUAGUAGCUGCAAUUAUAGUUGCAUGGACCUCGUACCCGUCAUUCCGACAAGCGACGCUUGCCCGACUAAUUGCGACAACUCUGAAUCUACUUCGUCGAGUGUGGUCGUUGCCGAAAUGGGCGCUGUCUCCUUUCGCCAUUGGCCGGGACGAAUGGUUGUGGGUUCGAGGCUGGCGGGACUCGGCGAAGGCCUGGGCUGAGCUGGAUUGGGCCGGAGGCCAACAAGCUCUGGCGAAUGGUGAGGAUGGCAAGAACUUGAAGGAACCAGAGUUGCCGAGGGACUGGCUGGAACAGAUGCCAUUUGGCGGCCAGCAACGCUUUGACUUGGUGCCAGUUGGGCAAACUUGCAAGGAAAGUGGGCCUCAGCCGCUGGACGGUGGCCAGGCUCGAGGCCGGUGCGCAGGUGAGCGGCCAGAAUGA